ACGUUUUGGGGUGUUCGUGUGUGCGCGCGCGCGUAUAUAACUGUUUGUGAGUGCGUGCACGCGUGCAUAUUUGUAUUUGUUUAGUGAAGAGCUAGCCCCCCUGGUGGGUGUCUGUACAACUUACUAUCCCCUGCUAUUGGCUUCCUUCUUUCUCUUUUUCCGACGCGUUUUUUUUUUUGUGGCAGGAGCCAAUAACCUGCCGACACACGCACGCUGCGCACGCACGAAGUCGGACUUUCGUUGAAUAUUUUGAAGCACCUGAUGCCAAAGUGGUUUGGAAGCUUUCGUUUUAUUCGUCUUUGCGUCUUGUGCAGUUGGAGCAGCUGGAGUUCUCAUCCGGACUUGAUGAAUGCUUUCAUGGGAGCGAUAUGAUGUGUGGUGUUUGGACUUGAACUGUUCUUUUGUUUUCGUAGCGCAUUUUUUCCCCGGCAGUUUACUUCAGGAACCUUUUGCCACGCAAACAACGAAGUGAUGCUUUGAAGAACGCCAUUCAACACAUUUCGUACCUUUUGCUUCGUUGGGACACGUCAACGUGAUCGUUGACACAACAUUUAAUCCUUGCUAUUUUCCGAAAAUGAUUGAAAGAGGCUCAAAAAUGCGCGCAAGUUUCCCCUCUUCAUAUUCAAGGCAAAGAGGACGACAAACAAUCCAACAACAAAGGCACCUUUUAUAAAGGUUUAUUUUAGAAUUGUUUUGUUCAGCCCGGAAGAAGUUUGCAUCGUCUUCUCUUUUUUUUUGUUUCAAAGAAGGAUGCAAGAAUUGCAUUUUUCCCUUUGAAUUAAGACAUUUUGCUUUGAUUUUAUUUUGGGGUGAGUUCCCCUCACAUCAAUCCAAGAAACAUGUUGAAUAUCUUUGUGCCGCUGUCUGUGGUGUUACUUUUAAGAGUUGCCGACAGCCGAGUCGUAGAGGGAUUGCAGAGAUAUACUUCGAUCCCCACAUAUCUACCGGUCACCUACCAGGUGCUCAACACAGACUUGGCAUUCUUUCUAAAGGAAAACAACCAAGACUUCAUGAGGAACUCUAGCCUGAUGUCACGUACCGAGUCUUUCUUCAUCUACCAGGCCAGGAGUUUGCCCUCAGUCAACUCCAGCUAUGGGCCGCUUUCUGUGGAGCAACCGGUCCCCAUAGAACUUCUACAGAAUCCAGGCUCCUUUCCCGCCUCUUCACUUUUUACGGUUAAUUGGAAGGUUCAGACUUUUAUCAUGAAUACCAAGAUCCACCUGGCCAAGCCCAAAGUUCAGGUUCUAUUUUACAUUGCAGGCAGGGACUGGGAUGACUACAGUGCCAUUAACAAGCUUCCCUGUGUCCACAUGUUUGCGUUUCAUGAGACCCAAGAGGUACACGGCACCUGCCAGCUAAAGGGGGAGCUGGGGCUUUGCGUGGCAGAACUGGAACCCUUGGCCAGCUGGUUCAGCCCCCCAAGUGUCGUGCCAGGACGCCAAAAGAAACUGGAAGCAUCUGAGGGAACCCCAGUGGAGCUCUACUACAUCCUGCAAUCCACAGAGAGAGGAGAGUGCCAUUCAGAGGAGGUCAAGAAGGAAAAUUUCCUCCGCUCAAGCCAGGAAGGGCACUUUGGUUCUUAUACUUCCACGCCUUUAAGAAGGAUCGGCGGUGUGAGGCUCUACCAGAAUUCCAUUCCACUCCAAUUGGCUGAACACAGACUGGAUCAUAACUUUAUGGUUUUGGUGCCCGCCACACCCGUCAGCCAGAGAGAAACUGUCUCAGCCUAUGUCACAGUGUCAGCCUAUUCUGAUGUGGAGAUGUUCACUCUCAGAGUGAAAUUGAGAGAAGGAGUGAUGUUCCUCGGGGCCCGUCCCAGUAAUCCCACACAGUGGAUGGUAAGCCAGGAUGUGAGGAGUGAAGGACACCGAGUGGUGACCAUCCGUUGCCACAGGAAGGAGUCCAGCUUCGAUCUGGAGAGGGAGGACAUGGGAGUCCAGAGGGUGUUGCAAGUGGAUCUGAAAAUUGAGAGUUUCCCAGAGCUGCCGGGUAGCCGCUGGAUGGCGUGGCAGGUGGAAUACCCGGCCAGUCGCUCUGCCACGCAGGAAGCUGACACUGAGAUCCGACUGGCACAAGAGGAUGUGGCAGGCAUCGUGCCCUUGGCCAUGAAUACUGAGAUUUUAAACACAGCAGUCCUGACCGGAAAGACUGUUGCUGUUCCUGUGAAGGUGGUAACCAUCGGAAUAGACGCUUCCGUUACUGAUGUCUCUGAAGCAGUGGAGUGUCGCACCACAGAUGAAGACGUGGUCAAGGUGUCGGAGAGAUGUGACUAUGUUUUUGUGAACGGCAAAGAGAUGAAGGGCAAAGUGAAGAUGGCGGUGAACUUUACCUACGCCUACCUGAGUGCUCAGCUGGAGCUCAACGUGUGGAUCCCUCGGCUUCCCCUCCAAAUUGAAGUGUCUGACACAGAGCUGAGCCAGAUCAAAGGGUGGCGGGUGCCCAUCAUGGCCAGCAGUCCCAGGUCCACACGGGACAGUGAGGAUGACGAUGAUGAAGACAGACGAGGACGAGGCUGCACCCUGCAGUACCAGCACGCCAUGGUCAGAGUCCUGACUCACUUUGUUGCUGAAUCCGCCGAUCCCCGAAGCCAGACCAGCUACAUGCUGGGCACCGAUUGGCAGGCGGACAUUACAGAGUUAGUGGGGGAAUUCCUGAAGGUGGAGAACCCUCAGAUCGCACAGCUGCUGGACAAGCGGAUACUUAUGGGACGCGAUGUGGGAAUGACCACGAUUCAGGUGCUGUCUCCUCUGUCAGACUCAAUCCUGGCAGAGAGGACCGUCACGGUGUUAGAUGACAAAGUGACCAUCGCAGAGUUGGGGGUCCAGUUGGUCACAGGGUAUGCACGAGGACUGGCAGACAAGCGCAUGUGUCCAGUGAAUAUUUUCGGAACAAGGAGUCUUUUACGAUUAGAGAUGGAACACGGCACGCAGGAGGCCUUGAUAAGUGCCUGGUUGCAGUUCAGCGACGGUUCCGUGGCUCCUCUAGACCUGUACAACUCAGACUUUUUCAGCCUGACAGCCACAUCCCUGGAUGAGGACGUGGUGACGGUGCAGCAGAACCCCUCGUGGAAGUGGCCUGUCAUUGUGACAGAGGCCGAGGGCCAAGGGCUGCUGGUCAAGGUGGAAAUGACUGUUUGCGAGAUUUGCCAGAAAUUCAAACGGCGUAGUGUCCUGGCGACGGGCAACUGUCACGUGAAGGUGAAGUUUGGUUAUAGUGACAGUUCCAGGGGAGGCAGCAAUGAUUACGGCACAGAUGGCGAGGAGAUGGAGAACAGAGGAAGGCCGCCCUCACCCGACAGAAUUGGGCUUGACGCCCACUACUAUUACGGCAGCUCAAUAUCUGACAUGGAGCAAAGCAGGGCCACCACUACUGGAAGUGCAAUCAUGCGCAGACCCGAUGGUGAUAAACUCCCAGGUGAUGGGAGUGAAAGGAUGCCGAUAGACUUUGCUGACUUCCCUGCUCAAGUGGACCUGCCCCGUGAGCGCAACAUGGAAGAUGAGCUCAUACGGACUGCUCGUGGUCUCACAGAUCUGGAAAUUGGCAUGUAUGCCCUCCUGGGAGUCUUCUGCCUCGCUAUCCUCGUGUUUCUUAUAAACUGCAUCUCCUACACGUUAAAAUACCGCCACAAAGAGCUGUCCAUCGAGGGCCAAGAGAACAUGAACCACGCCCACGACUGGGUGUGGCUGGGAAACGAGGUGGAGCUGCUGGAGAGCGAAAUCAGCUUGUCGCCCCAGCAGGAGGAGCAGACUUCCAUGAUAGACUCGAGCAGCGGGCUGGAGGAAGGCAGCCACUUGUUGAACGGGGGCUCGGCGCAGAAGAACAUUCAGAGUCAAGUGCACCGGGCAGCCGACACAGGCUGCCUGGCCAGGGAAGGCAAGGGAGAAUCCCCGACAACUAAGAGGAAGCGAGUACAGUUCACCACAUUCACCACCAUGCCCUCAGACAGUAGCUACCCGACUGUUAGCACGCUGACCCGAUGCCACAACCAGGACAUUAAGUGGGUGUGUCAGGACGUUGCGCUCGCCGACUCCAAGGAGUUACGCAAUUACAUGGAGCAGUUAAAUGACAGUGCUUUAAAAGAGGUGGCAUAAUACACAGAUGCAACUCAUCACAACUCACCCUUUUGCCUUUCAGGGGAAAGUGGGUCUGGAUUUCAAGUGAACGUAGACAUUUUGAUUGAUAAUCAUGUCCAACCUGCCAAAGGCUCAACGACAUCAAAGCUUGUCAUUUUGCCACAAAUGUAAUGCGGCACAUGACAAAUACGUCAUUGAAUGAGGACUCGGUGGUAUACAUAUUUUUUUCUUUGGUUCCUCAGUUUUUUUGUUAUCUCAUGACAGGAGUAGUAACUUUCCCAAGUCAUGAUCUGCUGCCGAUAAAGCUGUGAAAUUCAGAUGGCACGUAGAAUUUAAAAGAAACGAUAGAUGUUCCGUGUUGAUGCACAUUAAACAAUUUUGCAGCAUUGUGUAACAUUUUCUCUGAAUUUCUCCCAUCAAGUUGUUCGUGUUUUAGGAAAAUCAAAAGGCCAAACCAAAUGCGUGCAUGUUGUUGGGAAGAGCUCGGCACAAUAUUUUUGCUCCUCAUCAACCCCCAAACAAGGUCAAGUGUACAAUCACAUACGAGGCAUUGUAUUGUAUCUCUGUAUAUUGUAUUUUCAUAACAUUUAAGGAAUAUACAGCAAUGUCAAGA